AUGUUCCUGGAGUACGAAGGGCUCGAAUCGGACUUGAUAUACCCGCAAGGAAUGUCAAUGACAUUUGAGCCGCAUGUGCAGUUGGAAAUUAUGCGGGCGAUUCCUGGCUUGGAGCGAGUGGAGAUUACUCAGGCAGGCUACGGUGUCGAAUAUGACUUCGUGAAUCCGCAGCAGUUGAAACCAAAUCUUGAAACGAAACUGGUGAAGGGUCUUCUGUUAGCCGGACAGAUCAACGGUACAACUGGAUACGAAGAGGCUGCAGCGCAAGGUGUUGUCGCAGGUAUCAAUGCAUCUGCUCUGAGUAGAAACCAGGAGUGCUUAAAAAUUGAUCGUACGGAAGGAUACAUUGGCGUGUUGAUCGAUGAUUUG